AUUUGUUGCUUUAUAAAGAAAUUAAUACAAAUGUGCUAAUGAUAUAGAACAUCACCGAACAAUUUUUGUGUGAAAACAAUGCAAUUAAAUGUGGUCUACAAAGUCUUGAUGUAUUUUGUCACUAAUAACACAGCCUUGAGCAGUUUAACCCUGAAUCAAAUCAGCGUAAAGAUGCUUAGACAAACAGUGCAAUUAGCACGCGUAUAAAAAUUAGGAAAUUCCAAAUUAAUUUGUAACAAAUGAAAUUGAAAGUUGUAAUGCCUCACUAUAAUACUUAAUUAUAAUGUCAAUGUGAGAGAAAAGCGCUUAAUUGUUGCCGUAAAAGAGUGCCAAAGUAAUAAAAUGCAAUGAAUAAUGAAAUUUCCUUCAAUGUUUCAAAUGAAUUGAGCGCAAAAUAAUGAUAUUUCUUCAAGUUAUGCAUGCAGAAGCAAUCGAAAUAAAAAAAAAAUAUGAAUUAACGCCAAUACCAACAAUACCGACAAGCGUAAAAAUUUUGUCAAAAAAUAUGAAUUUGCAAAAAAUGCCAUUGAAACUAAAUAGUGCCUACUGGACUGUGUUAGUACUAAGCUUAACUUUGGGUACUUUGUAUAACUAAGUUUGUGUACUUGCUAAAAAGUGAAUGUGAACGUCCGAAUAUAACAGAUAUUUAUUUGUUAACUAAUUUGCACUACAAUCAUAUUGUACAUGUGUACAUAUGUAUSUAUGUAUAUCAGCGUAUAUCUCAAAGUAAUGCCUCGGCUGCUUCACAGCAUAUGUAUAUUUAAAUACAUACAUAUGUAUUUAUAUAUGAACAAUUGGACACAUUUUGAGCUUAGAUUUAAGUAGAUGCAUUGUAUUCUAAACGCCUUGAAAAAUCAAAAAUUUUCUUACUGUAACUAUUAGAUGUGUAUGUAUAUGUAUACGUAUAUAUGGAUUUAAAGCACACAUUCUUAUUAUUAAAUAAUUAUUACGAAAGCAUUGCGAAUUUGAGCUCGCAUGUAAUUUUACACCAAUCUACUCACCAAUGGUGACCGCAUUGGUUACUUUAUUGCAAAUACGUCGAAGAUUCGUCAAAUAAUAUAUUCCGCUUCUUUAUCUUUAACAACCAAUUUUCAAGUUCAUAAGUAGUCUGGAAUUUACUUAUUAUUUAUUUAAAGACUUUUUUUAUCUAAAAAAAGUAUAAAAACAUAAAUUUUGCAUCAAGGCGCAUCUUAGGUGUAAAAUUAGGUAAUUUUGGUAAUAAAUAAUUAUGCAAUAAAAUAUUUGGUGCACAAAAAUAUUUUUCGUUAGUGAAAAAAGAUUCGUAUUUAAUUCAAACCCUUGCUCACCACUUGUCCGAUAUUUUCUUGUUUCUUAAUAUAACGGUUUAAUUAAACGAUUUGGAACUGAUAACAAAAUUUUCUGGUACAAUUUAAAUUCCAGUACUCCAUUUACAGUGCAUAUAUGUAUCUUCAACAAGUUCACUCCAAAUCUAUCUAACUUUCAAAAUGCGCCAUAUUUAUAUUCCCGCGCUCUCAACAAAAAAAAUCUAUAAAAAAUUAAUUAUACUUCCAAUUUUAGUCAAACCAUGCUGUAUAUAUAAUAUAUUCACUGCAAUGGUUUCUAGCCGGCUUCAACAUAAGAAGUCACAGAGACUAUAAGUUUGAGUAUGCAUUUUACUAAUAGAUUAUAAUGUUUGUAUUAUCAACAGAAACAUAGUACAAAUAAAGAAAUAUACAUAUGUAUAUUACUAUAACAAAACAAAUAUGUAUGUAUUUAUAAAGUUGAAAAUACAAAUGUGCGACUUUCAAUAUGCGCCAGUUUCCUCAUAUUUACACGAACAGGUUGCUACCGCAGUACACAAACGCUUUUAAUUAGGUAUUAAAACACACAUACACAUAUGCACAUGCCGAAGCUUAACGCAAGACAAAAGUAACGACUCUGACACGAGAACUGCUGCUCACAAGAAACUCAUAUUUCCACACAAUGGAACUCCUUACUACAGUGGAACAAUGUGAAAAAUCUCAAAUAGCCCAAUGGUAUGCCGGCAAAAACAUACUUAUAACCGGCGCCACGGGUUUUAUGGGCAAGGUGUUGGUGGAGAAAUUGUUGCGCAGCUGUCCGGAAGUGAAAAGGAUCUAUCUGCUUAUAAGAUCUAAGAAAGGUGUCGAUCCCUUGAUACGCAAGGAUCAGUUUUUCAAAUGUGUGAUUUUCAAUAAAAUUUUAAAAGAAAAUCCUGAAAUUGCGAAUAAAAUUCAAGUCAUCAAAGGUGAUGUGUUGGAAAAAAAUCUUGGUUUGAGCGCAAAUGACACAAACGUAUUAGUAUCGAAUGUUGAAGUAAUAUUCCAUUGUGCUGCUAACGUGAGGUUUGACCAACCCCUGCGACCUAUGGUUCAAAUGAAUGUUGUGGGCACACUGAAAUUGCUACAGUUGGCUGAGAAAAUGGCCAAUCUCCAAGUGAUCAUACACGUAUCGACGUCAUACUGUCAAUGCAACGAAAGCGUUUUGGAAGAGCGCGCCUAUCCAGCACCACAAAAUCCCUACGAUGUUAUAAAAAUGGUGGAAGAAAUGAGCGAUGAGGCGUUGCUGGAAAUAACACCAAGACUGUUAAAUGGACUACCCAACACAUAUGCCUAUAGCAAAGCGCUUACUGAAGAUCUGAUUUGUAGAUAUGAAAAAAAUUUGCCUAUCAUUAUUACCCGACCAUCGAUUGUAACUGCUGCAAUUAAGGAACCUCUGCCUGGUUGGAUAGAAGGUGUUAAUGGGCCUACCGGACUUAUGAUUGGCGCAGCACGUGGCGUAAUUCGUUCAAUGCAUUGCAACCCUGACUAUUCAUCAACAGUUAUACCAGUAGAUACAGCUAUUAAUGGAAUGAUAAUUGCGGGAUACAAUCGUAGCAAGUCACAAGAACAAGGAAAUGUGGAGUUUUGUAAUCUUUGCAUAUCAAAGAAAGCUCUCUUUUCUUGGGGUGAAAGUAUUGAGACUGGCAAGCGAUUUUUUUAUGACUUUCCACUAAGCUACGCAUUGUGGUAUCCAGAUGGCUCGAUCAAAAAGAAUUAUUACCAUCAUUUAUUUUGUGUGAUUUUCUUUCACUACUUUCCGGCAUACCUCAUUGAUUUCCUCUUAUUACUUUUUGGGCGAAAACGAUUUAUGGUGCAUGUUCAAAACAAAAUUUCAACUGGUCUAAAAUUAUUGCAGUACUACACGACUAAAGACUGGGACUUUAGAAAUGAGAAAUUCCAACGUUUAAGCGAUAACCUAAAUCAAUUAGAUCAGAAAAUUUUCGACGCCUCUGCUAGUCAAGUUAACUGGGAGCAAUACAUACGUGGCUAUAUAAUUGGCAUGCGUACAUAUAUACUUGGGGAGAAUGAAGAUACAAUUCCACAGGCAAAGAAAGUUCUUCGUCGCUUAUAUAUUCUAGAUCGUUUAACAAAAUAUACUAUUUGUAUAUUAUUUUUUUGGUUUUUGUGGGCUCAUCUAGAAGGCUUUGUUGAACGAAGUGAUGCUAUAAUACGAUCAUCUUUACAUAUAAUUUAUAAAGAUACUAAUAAAACUCUUCAUAUAUAGUACAAUUUUUAAUUUUUUACAA